UGCUUUCAGUUUCAGUCCGGUCCCAUCCCGGUUCACCCUUUCUCUGCUCCCAGAGCUGCUCUCCUCUGCACUGCAGUGGCCAUGGCCAGCCAGUCGGUCUUUGUUGUUGCUAUAGAUUUUGGCACAUCCUACAGUGGGUACUGUUUUUCUCUUGCUUCAGGUACAGACCAAAUCCGGCAGGUUAGCUGGGGAAUAGAGCAUGGGCUCAAGACCCCAAAGACGCCUACGUGCAUUUUGUUCAACCAGAAGCAGGAAUUCAAAUGUUUUGGCUAUGAUGCUGUGAUGAGGUACAAGAGCCUGCCCUCCAGCCAAGCUGACAGCUGGUACUUCUUCGAGAACUUCAAGAUGCAGCUGUACAACACGAGUGUCACAGCUGGCAUGCAGCUGAAAGCCACCAAUGGAAAGACGCUUCCUGCUCUGACAGUCUUUUCCGAAAGCCUGCGCUACCUGAAGAACCAUGCUUUGAAUACCAUUAAGGAGGCCUCUUUCCAAACUGUCUACGAUCCAGAGGAGAUCACCUGGGUCCUUACUGUCCCAGCCAUAUGGAGUGCUGGUGCCAAGCAGUUCAUGCGUCUGGCAGCAAAAGAGGCAGGAAUUAUCUCUGACAUGCUCUCUAAGAACCUGAUCAUUGCCUUGGAGCCAGAAGCUGCAUCACUGUGGUGCAAGCAGCUUCCACAGGAAGGGUUUAUGGCAGACAGCAGCGACAAGAGGAAGUUUGACGACUCCCCUGGGAUCCAGUACAUUGUCGUUGACUGUGGAGGUGGCACAGUAGACAUCACAGUACAUGAGAUCCAAGAAGACCAUUACCUAAAGGAGCUACACAGGGCAGCUGGAGGUGGAUGGGGAGGCAACAGAGUGGAUGAAAACUUCAUCAAUUUCCUCAAGGAAAUAUUCAAUGAUGGUGUAUGGGAUGAAUAUGUAAAGAAGCACCCUACUGAAUUACAAAGUAUGAUAUACAACUUCAGCCUACAGAAAUGCUCUGAUAGAAGGGAGGCAGUCUACAUGCAUUGCUACUACAACUUGACCAAAGUGGCAGAGUCCAAGAAGGACAUCUCCCAGUUCUUUGAAAAAGCAGCAGGAGCUGUGUGGUGUGAUGGGACAAUCAAGAUUACAUAUGAGAAAAUGAAAAGCUUGUUUGACUAUAGUAUCAACAAUAUCAUUUGUACUUUGAGGGAAAUUCUUUGCAAACCUGAGAUGGACAAAGUCCAGUACAUUUUACUUGUGGGAGGCUUUGCAUCCAGCAUCAUCCUGCGAGAUGCAGUGAGGCAGGCCUUUAGCAGCAAGUAUCACAUCCUUUGUCCCCUGGAGGCCCAGGUGGCCAUUGCAAAAGGGGCUGUUUUAUUUGGAAUUAAUCCCCGUAUCAUUACCUCAAGAAUCAGCUGUAGGACAUAUGGCUUAGAAAUAUGUCAGAAAUUUGAUGAUGCUAUCCAUGAUGCCCGUAAACGGAGGGUCUCAAAAACUGGUGACUAUAUUUAUUGCACAGGUCUCUUCUUAAAACUGGUGGAAAUUGGGGAAUCAGUGAAUAUACAGGAAGUUGCCCACUAUGAUUUCUAUCCGGCAGAACCAGAUCAAACAAAGGUAGCCUUUGCUUUCUACUGUACAAAAAAACAGAAUGCUCAGUAUGUAGAUGAGGAAGGGAUGGAACAGCUUGGCUUCUGUGUAGUGCCAUCGCCAGACACGAGGCUGGGGAGAGAUCGCAAGCUGAAGGUGGCGAUUAAAUUUGGGCUCACUGAGUUUGAAGCCACAUGUACUGAUGUUACUUCCCAAGAAAGUCAGACAGUUAUAAUGGAUUUUUUAUCUUAUAAUUACUCCUCAUAUUGAACAGAUCUUAGAUGUCUUUCCAGCCAUUAUGAUUCUAACAAUUCUAUGACUUCUACAGUAGAGGAGACAAUUGGACCAAUAAGUCCAUCACACAAUUUUCUAUUUACACAGGAUAACUACAAGUCUGAUUCUCUGGUUCCUUCCAUUCCUCACCCGCCACCCUUUCAGUCCAACACCUCAUUUUCUCUUCUAUCUGAUAACGUGUUUGUCUGCUGCUUUAUCUCAUGUCCUUUUAGCUUGCAUCUCUGUACACAAUAGUCCAUACCACCAAUACAAUCAUCUGUGACCUACCUGUGUUUGAUGCAAAGCCUCUGGACUGGGGUCUAACUUCCACAUAAAGCAGCCCAUAGCUGUUUAUUUUAGCCUGGUGUCUUCUUGCAGCUACAUCUUCUCUUUCUCUGACAUCAGGUCACUUUAUCUGAAGUCCAGGUUUAAUUCUGCUGGGGGUGACAUUCAGUGGAUUUCUCUUUUCUUCAGAAUAUCAUUUAUAUAAACUCUGUGUAAUUAAAGCUCCAGGGUCUCAGACAAGAGAGCUGAAUGAACCAGUCUAGGGGCUUGUGUCCAAAACCUGUGGUUCUGUUGUUUCCAUUAAAUUAUUGGGUGGUUUGAUCUCA